AUGGGCGAAUCUGUCGGGCGACCUCAAGCAAAAAGGAAGACGGCAGUCAAGAACAAACCAGUUAGAAAACACGGAAUAAAACACAUCGCCAAAGCCCACAGCUUGAAACGUCGACCGCCUGAAGGGAGCAUGGAAUCUUUGGCAACAACCUCUCGUUUCGUCACACUGUCGAGUGAACACCAGCAAACCGCCCUGUUUAAUCUUCUGCGAUAUAUCUUUGUGCCGUUUGCUGCACUGCAGGAAACACGCACGAAAGGUCGGCCUGUCAUCAGCACUGAAAAUUACACCAUAUACUGCGGCGAUGCUGAUGAGAACAAAGUAGGUGGCUGGGUGAUAGCUGAGAGGAACGAUUAUGACAACCUGGUGAAGAAAUCUGGCUCAACUUCAUCUAGAUGCGCCUUCGUACAACUGCGGUAUCGCAGAGGAUGUAAACUCUGGAUUGUAAGUGCCCAAGCACCUACAAAGACCGUUGAGGACAAGAAGGAACCAUCGACGCCAUCAGCUCAUUGGCAGAGUUCAACCCUUUUAACCCCUGAAGAGCAGCGCAAGCGGAAGAUGAGGACCCUCAAACUUCAGCUCGUCUACUUUCUAACAAGGAACAUCCCUCAGUCGGAUAUCCGAGAGUCCAGAGCUGUUCGGGACGUUGCUUUCGACUCUUACCACCGUCCACUUCUUCUCAGCACUAAGAUACGAUUCCACAAGAGAAACCGAGGAGUAACUCCUCAACCAAAAAUCGACAUGGGAGGUCUGAAAAACGAAGAAUGCAGAACAAACUUCCGCCAACAUGUGACUAUCCAUGUACGGACUAGGAAGAAGCUUUGUGAUACGGAUUCCUUCGCAAAGUGCAUCCAGGACGCUGCAAGGGAAACGCUCCCGGUUCUGUUGCCGCGAAAGAAGUUUGCCUUUGCAUCUGUGGAAACAAAAUCCACGUACAAUUCUGUAUGUAUCAACCGCAACACUGGCGAUUUCAACGAGGAAAAGUGUCUUAGAAGGAAGUUGCGCCAUCAACUGCAACAAGAUCGCGAGAACGAGUGGACGUCAAGAGCAAAGGAGUUUGAAAAGGCGUGGGAAGACGAUAACCCAGCAGAAGACCUGUACUUUAUUGAAGCAGCUGUCGUUGAAGCAAUUCUACCAGUUUGGAGGUAUCACUUCAAGACAUCGCUGAACCGGCGAGCGCCGUUAGUUUCUGAACUUGAUCACGUUGAUAGACCGACAUAUGCGGUUAACGAGGAACCACCGACCGAGUCGGAGGUUCUCGUCUGUAUCCAAAAGAUGAAAAAUGGAAGAGCUGGUGGAGACGACGGGAUUAGCGCAGAAAAUAAGAUCAUUCGUUCAACAUCGACAAAAGGCACUCAUAACACAGCUAUAGUCAUGACUUUUUCACUGUCAGCCCGACAAGGCCUUCUCACUCGAACAGGAAAUCGCUUGUCCACUAUUCUGGAGGAAGAAGCAAACCUCUUGGACAUGCAAUUCGAUCCCUCAAUGAUGGACGACUCCGAUAUCAGAACCCUUCGACGGCGUAUUCGCAGAGCCAACGUUGUUCUUGAAACUGAAGCAAACAAACUCAAAAUUGCUCUAGAGAACUAUGGAAGAGCUGCGGACAACUUGGACAAAGAAACACCAUCCAUAUCAGAAAUCAUAUCAAGAGUGGAGGCGAAUAUGGACCCAGCUCAAGGACUCUUGGAUCAGACCCAAAAGGCUGUGACAGACCUGACAAGGCUCCAACAAGAUCUCGAAGAAUCACGAAAUUACGAUACCACCACAUCGCUAGAUGUCCACGAAAUGAAACUUACACCAAUUCCUACUCCUAAAUUCAAUGGGCGGAUCUGGGAAUGGGAAACCUUUUGGAGAUCGUUUGAACACACGGUACACUCAAGAAACAUCGACAAUUUGUUCAAAUUGAACUAUCUUCUUGAUGUCUUACGAGGAGAUGCGAGGGAGCAAUACGUACCCCCUCAUCUGAUCGAACAUCUGAAAGAGAAAUACGGUAACACACAGGCUUUGGUGGACCAGCUUCUACAUAAACUUGCAACGACAACAGCUCGGAACGAACGGCUGGAAGAGCAGGAAACGUUGCGUGAACAACUACAUUCCAUCGUCUCACAGCUAAAUCUCAAAGGAGAACAUAUAGACAACACGUUCCUGCAGAAGCAGCUUCUAGCUAAAUUCUCAGUGGACAUACAGCGACACAUCUUGCGGCAGAAAGCAUAUCAUGAGAAGGACAAUACGUGGAAUACAAUGGCCCUGCUUUCAACAGCCAAGGAGUACGUCAAGUCCGAACUCAAGAUCACUCGACAAGUGGAGCAAUAUCAGCACAAUCCAACUAGGAAACGGCAACAUGUUGUACCGGAAAAUAGAGAUACCAGCAAUAUCCCCACGAAGUGGCGACCGACGAAUUGCUUCUACUGUAACAAAUGCGGACACCAACCAAAAAAUUGUACUGAAGUACCGACAAUCGAGCAACGGCUACACAUCAUGAAAACGAAGAAACUCUGUCACAAUUGUGGAGCCAACGACCACAUAGCUACGAAGUGUCCUAGAGGAUCCUGCCGCGUUUGCGGAACAACCGGACAUCAUACGUCUAUCUGCAAAAAACUCUUCGACUCACACUCACCACCACGUUUACCUCCACCAGUAAAACUGCCUAAGAAACAAUCACAGCCAACGAAACCGACGACACGGGCAUCGGCGACGCCUGCGAAGGUGAAUUCAGUCAAUUUCGAGCCCACACUCGAUGUGAAGCCGCAACCGAAUACAGCCCUGCAUGUCAACGACAAUACAGAAGUCAUGAUACUCGCAGGGCAAGCACAGGUGCUUAAUCCAGAAUCGGCAAUGCUGGAGCCCAUAUACGUGAUACUCGACACAGGAGCCGACAGAUCGUUCAUCAGCAACGAGUUCGCCAAACGACUGCAACUGAAAGACGUGGCUUACCAUCAGCACCUUUGGAUCGGACGCACCACUGGUGAAGACGUGUGGAAUCACGGUACUGCAAAUGUGGGAUGCCAACGGAGCUCCGCACACUUUUACGAUAACCAGAAUCGAUAA